AUGCAGACAUUGAAGUGCGUGGUCGUUGGGGACGGAGCUGUCGGCAAGACAUGCUUGCUCAUCUCGUACACGACCAACCAGUUUCCGGCGGACUACGUGCCCACGGUGUUCGACAACUACGCGGUGACAGUGAUGAUCGGGGACGAGCCGUACACGUUGGGCUUGUUCGACACUGCCGGGCAGGAGGACUACGACAGGUUGCGGCCGUUGUCGUACCCGUCGACGGACGUGUUUCUCGUGUGCUUCAGCGUGGUUUCACCGCCGUCGUUCGAGAACGUCAAGGAGAAGUGGUUCCCCGAGGUACAUCACCACUGCCCGGGCGUACCCUGCUUGAUUGUCGGCACCCAGAUAGAUCUCAGAGAGAACAAAAUGGUCAUUGAGAAGCUACAGAGACAGCGGCUCCGCCCCAUCACCCCCGAGCAGGGCGAGAAGUUCGCGCGCGAGCUCCGCGCCGUCAAGUACGUGGAGUGCUCGGCCUUGACCCAGCGCGGCUUGAAGAACGUCUUUGACGAGGCAAUUGUCGCCGCCCUCGAACCGCCGGUCAUCAAGAAGAGCAAGAAGUGCACCAUCUUGUGA